AUGUGGCGGCGCACUUACCUGCUUCUCGUUCUGAUACGGCUGUGGUUCGCCCUGUCCCCCAGCUACCUACACCCGGACGAGAACUUCCAGGGCCCCGAGGUUAUAGCCGGUCAGAUCUUCAGUUAUCCUGUCCGAAGAACCUGGGAGUUCACAAGCGAGCACCCGAUACGGAGCGUCUUCCCACUAUGGCCCGUCUAUGGGCUGCCGAUGCUACUCCUUCGAUGGUUGUGGAUUGGCAACGGACAUGAUGGCGAAAUUCCGCCCAUCGCUGUGUUUUGGACCUUGCGAGUUCUCAUGUUCCUGAUUAGCUUUGUCUUGGAGGACUGGGCCCUUCACGAACUGAUACCCUCACCGCGACAUCGACGUGUUGCUGUGCUCUUGGUGGCAUCGUCCUUGGAGUUUGGUUUUGAUUCAGCGCAUUGUGGAUACUCGGCUAUCGCGCUGGAUACCGCUUUCUACUCAUCUGAGCCCGUUACUUGGGCCGACUUAAUCUCCAGACCUACCAUCACUCCGCUCAACUUCUUCCUCUAUAACUCGGACACGGCAAAUCUUGCCCAGCAUGGUAUACAUCCGUGGUAUCAACAUGUAGCGGCAAACCUUCCGCAGCUCCUUGGACCUGCAGCUGUUUUGGUCUUUGCUAAGCCUCAUUUGUCGCUGAGACUUUACUCCGCCAUUUCUGGGCUUUUUGUCUUAUCCAUAUUUCCGCAUCAAGAAGCUCGUUUUCUGUUGCCAACCGUGCCCCUGAUUCUAUCAUCAGUCGAGCUGCCCAAGAACAAGACCAUGCUGCGGACUUGGGCAGGAGCAUGGAUCAUCUUCAACCUAUUUUUGGGGGUGCUAAUGGGCAUCUACCACCAAGGCGGUGUCGUUCCCGGCCAGGUCUUUAUGAGCAAGCAACCAGACGCGACCCAGGCCAUUUGGUGGAAGACAUACACCCCCCCGAUAUGGCUCCUCAACGGCAAGAACGAGGUUCUGCAAACAAGGGAUGUCAUGGGUCUAAAGGGCGAUGCAUUGCUCACACAACUGACGGAGCUCGCCACUUGUGACACACCCGCUGAUCGACGUAAUCAAGAGUACCUGAAGGAGAAGAAUGGGACAUACCUUAUUGCGCCAGCUUCAGCAACAUGGCUGGACCCGUAUCUGUCAAACAAGGGAUUGCACGGGUUGCGAUUCCGAGAAGUCUGGCGUUACAGAAAGCAUUUGAACCUGGAUGACCUCGAUUUUGGGGAUGAUGGUAUUUGGAAUACGCUGUCGCGGGUGAUUGGUCGACGGGGCUUGAUUGCGUGGAGGGUAACCAAAAGCUGUCCAAAAACUAAGUAA